UAUCAAACAUUGUGGUUCCGAGGUACAAUCAAACGCAUCAUCACGAGCCAAUAUGAGCUCCACCAAUCAGAGACCUGGAUGUUACACCGUAGGAUUGUGGGUAAUGUAGUAUUUGUCAAUGACAUUGAGAAUAAAAGAUGUUUUUCUAAACAGCAGGAUGACGUCACAGGUUCCGAUCGAAGUCACAAACCACGUGUUGCUGCGCACUGCUCUGUUCGACCAGACGUCAGUUCAUAGUUGUCACCAGCAGGAGGCGCUGAGGCUGGAUCAUACACAUCAGAAACAUGAGACUAGACGCGUGUCGUGUGCACAAUGAUGAACAGCUCUAAUAAAGAUCAUUCAAGUCGGCGGGCGGAAAUGUGACACAAAACCGGAACCGGAAGUGGGAUGUGGGGGAAGACAAUAAAGAGCGGACAGUGGUUUAAUUUGAGUUCGUGAGUUUAGACAGAGGUUUAGAUAGACAGACAUGCGGACAGACAGACAGGAGGACAGACAGACAGACAGGCGAGUAGACUGACGUUGGACCCAGGUCUCGGUCUUAACGUCAAACACCGCGAUACCAGCGUCCUCGCCGAACAGCCUGCUGGGUAAUAUGUUAACGACAGAACUGCGUUGAUUGGUGCUCCGCGGCACGAGGAGGCACAAAGUACCGACACACAGGAAACAACUGACGACCACUGACGGAGGACGGACACGAGAGAAGCCGAGUCACAGACAUGUCUGUCUCUCUGUCAGAGGAGCGAGACAGGAUCCAGCGACAGGUGGAGGAGCUGGAGCAGAGUCUGUCUGUAACACACGGUGAUCUGCAGCUGCUGAGCAGUGAGACAGAUGAUGAAUCAGGAAGUGAUGACACAGAGGUCAGACAGUCUGCAGCAGGUCUGUUGUCUCAGAGAGAGAAGAUCAAGAGAGACAUCGAGAACCUGGAGAACGUCCUGAGACCACACAGUCCUGUCUGUGUGUCAGAUGAUGACAGCAGCAGCAGCAGCAGUGAUGAGAGUGAACUGGGUCUGUCCCUGUCCGUGGAUUCCUGUCUUCAGAUGAACCUGGUCUACCAGCAGGUUCUUCAGGAGACCCUGGGCCAGCUGGAGACACUACUGAGUCACAACCACAGACAGCAGAAGGAGCUGGUGUCUCAGAUGUCUGGACCAAUCAAAGAGCCCCGACAACAGACCGCCCCCUCGUCCUACCAACUGCCAAUCAACAUGUACCUGGGUCGCUUCCUGAAACCGUACUUCAAGGACAAACUGACAGGACUGGGUCCUCCAGCCAAUCAGGAGACGAGGGAGAAGACCAGUCGGAUGACAGGAUGUCUGGACGACAAGAAAGUGAAAACAAAACGAUGGGAGAGCUGGCAGAAAACUCUGCUGAUCCACGCAGUGUCCAGAGACGGACUGAGGAGACUGAUCCAGCCCAAACUGUCCAGGGUGGACUACCUGAGUCUGAAGCUGUCCUCAGCAGAGGAGACGGACAGGCAGCAACUCAGAGAGCAGAUAGACCGUUUGGAGAGAGAGAUCGACCUGCUCAGAGGGAAGAAGGGGGAGGAGCUGAUCGGUGAUCGAUAUGAAGAACACGAUUGGCAGAAAAUCUCCAAUAUUGAUUUCGAGGGGACAAAGGAGGCCGACGACGUCCGGAGCUUCUGGCAGAACUUCCUCCACCCAUCAAUCAGGAAGUGUCCGUGGAGCCGGGAUGAGGUGCAGGUGCUGAGGGACGAGAGCCAGAGACACAAGGACAGACACUGGGAGGGCAUCGCCCACAACCUGGGGACGGGGAGGACAGCCUUCAUGUGUCUCCAGACGUUCCAGCGGUUCGUGUCGACCUCGUUGCGUCGCAGCACCUGGACUCCUGACGAAGACGAUCUGCUCCGGAUGCUCGUCGACAAGAUGAGGAUUGGAAACUUCAUCCCCUACACGCAGAUGAGUUACUUCAUGGAGGGUCGGAACCCGGCGCAGCUGAUCUACAGGUGGAACCAGGUUUUGGACCCGAGCCUGAAGAAAGGACCGUGGACCAAAGAUGAGGACGAGCUCUUGCUACAAGCUGUCUCACACCACGGGGAGAAGAACUGGUGGAAGAUCCGGUUGGAGGUUCCUGGACGAACCGACAGCAGCUGCAGAGACAGGUAUCAGGACUGUCUGAAGUCUGGGAGGAAGCGAGGAGCGUUUGAUGAACAGGAGCGGAACCUGCUGCUGCUCCUGGUGCAGAAACAUGGUGUAGGUCGCUGGGCGAAGAUCGCCGCUGAGAUACCUCAUCGUUACGACGCUCAGUGUCUGAGGGAGUGGAGGAAAGUGAGCAGACCGCGGCCUUGUCCGCCUCAGAGAGGAGGAGAGAAGAAGAAGAGGACGAGGAGGAAGAUGAAACCGGAGGAGGAGGAGGAGGAGGAGGAGAAGCACUCUGCUCCCCCCACACUCUGUACCCCAGCUGUUGGUGAUGGUGUUGACGAGACACGCUCACAUGUGAUGGAGAUCAGAGGUCGGCGGCACGCCACUGAAGUCAAGGCUGAAGCCACGCCUCCUGUACCCUCUUCCUCCCUGAUCACAUUUCCUCCACCCUCCUCCUCUCAGAUCAUGUCUCCUCCUCUCUCCUCCUCCCUGAUCACGUCUCCUCCACCCUCCUCCUCCCUGAUCACGUCUCCUCCACCCUCCUCCUCCCUGAUCACGUCUCCUCCACCCUCCUCCUCCCGUAUCACGUCUCCUGUCAACGACCAUGACUACGCCAUUGGUCCUUACCUCACCCUCAGUCAACCAAGCCCUGCCCCCAAACAGCUGAACCCUGUGCACUGUGAAUUGAACUCCUCCAAAGAGUCGCCCCCAAAAAAUCACAGCAGAGGGAGGAAACGAGUAAGGGGGGAAGAGCAGGACCCCGUGGGCGGGGCUAGUGCAGGUGUGGUCCAGGAAGGCAAAAGGGUUCGGAAGCCGACUCAGAAGGCAAGAGAGCUGCAGGAAGACGCUGAUGCCAAGGCUAAAGUUAAGAAGAAGAGGAUGUCUUCUCCUGGAAAGUCUCGACCCGAAGGGGGAGCUGUGGCGCUCCCCUGGCUGGGUUUACUUCCUGGUCAGUCGAUGUGGGUCAUGACCCCUGCUGGGCUGGUCCAGCUGGCAGAAGCUCCGCCCCAAGGCCUGCGGUUGGCGUUGGUCCCAUGCCCGUCCGUCCCACCUCCUCUGCCCACUCCCCCUCUUCGAUUCACCUCUGUCAUACAGAAACCAGUUGCACCUGUGCCCCUCCCUGCCCCGCCCACCUGUCAUUAUAUGCCUGUCCCCCAAACCGUUGUCCUACCACCUGUCCCACACCCCCUCCCUCCCUGUCCACCCCAGCCCCCCCCCACACUGUUCCUUCCUCAUAAGGUUAUGGUCAGAGUGGACCAGUCUGAAGCUCCUCCCCUCAGGAGGGAGGCUCUGACCUUUGACCCCUCCCUGAUGUUCCUUGAGCCCCAGGAAGCUGUGUGUGAUUGGCUGAGUGGACGGGGAGGGGUGGUGGUACCCGGAGCAGGAGUGGCUCUUCCCUACCUGCCGCCCUUCGUCAGCAGUCUGACUGCGUUCAGUUCGCUUCUCCGGGUAAAGAAGUCUCUAACCAAAUCGUCCCUGCAGCUGCUGCGUCAUCACCCUGGAACCAAAACCAGAACCAGAACCAGACCCGACAGUCCACCUCCGUCAGACCUGCCGGACUCCACCUCUGAUCUCAGACCAGCAAGCGACCAACCAGGAAGCACACCUCUGCCAGCUGCUCCUGUCGGCCCCGACGAGGACGAGGAGGAGCUUGUGGUGGAGGUGCGUCAGCUGGUGACGGAGCGUUUCUCAGGUAACCCCGCCUACCAGCUGUUGAAGGCCCGCUUCCUGUCCUGCUUCACUGUCCCCGCCCUCCUCGCCACCAUCCAGCCAGUAGCAAAGAAGACGGGGGUCUGCCAGGCCAAUCAGGAAGAGGAGGAGGAGGAGCUGAAGAACAUCAGAGCGAGGGGGAGACAGAGGAGAGCAGAGAGAUCGUUGCUGCUGUGUGACGCAUCAGGAGCUCCGGCCAAUCAUUUCUCAGGAAUUAUCAACACCGACGGACCAGACCGGACUGGACCGGACCAUCACUGUCCCAUUAAAAACCUUGAUGUCCAGAUGAGUUGAAUCUGUCAUUUAUUGUGUCUUUGUCUUUUUGACUAUAAAAAGAUCACAUGUAAAUUAAAAAGUCAAUUUUUUUUAAACAGUUUGGAGCUUCACUAAAUUAUCUUCAUCUUCAUCUUCACCGCUUCAUUCAUGAAAUGAUGUUUCGUUGUUUCUGAUCAUCAACUGUAAAGAAACAUUUCAUUAUUGAUUUGAUCGUUUUCUAAUAAAGAUUAUGUGAACUGAA